GGGUUCCAGGCACCCCGACCCUCCUACUCCACCAGGAACGCCGGCAUCGAGCCGCAGGUGUGGAAACCUUCCUUGUACUACAAGUAGUGGUGGCAGAGAGAAACACACAGCGGUGCUAGGCUGAGUCCUCCCGAACUAGCUGCUCAUGGGAGAGCCAAAAGCCAAACCAACCACGAAAAACAGUUGUGGGGAGGGGGAAGUGGAAAAAAGAAGUGGUUGUGAUGUGAGGCUGCAGUGCUGGGACAGUGGAUGACAGGCGCUGCUGAGCCCCCGUGCAAGAGGAGCUGAGGAGUCCCGGGGAGGCAGCAGGAACUGGGCACAGAGGUGCAGGAUUCCCAAAGAGGCAGCAGGAGCCUGCCUGUCCCACAGGGCUGCUCUUGCACUUCUCUCUCCUGGAAACUGUUAUGGAGCAUCUCACCUCUGGCUCCCUACUUUCCUCAUCUCUGGCUUUUCCAGCUCUCAGAGCUCUGCCUGCUCCUCCACAUCCCCUCUGUCCUGGGCUCUUCUCAGCUCAACCAAAGCAAACCUGGAAGGGACACACUGCCUUUCUGCCUCACUGUGCCUGCUGCUAGCUCUUCUGUUGCUCCUUCAGGAUCUGUCCUCGUUUGCUUCCUCACUGUGGAGGAAGAAUUGCACCCUUUGGGGAAUGGCAGAGCCCAGUGUCACUGAGCCCAGAGUCCCUGCGGGGUCCCUGUCCCCACCUGGGCUCGGUGUGGCACGGCUGGGAUGAGGAGGCUGCCGAGGGCAGGGUUGCUGGGUGAUGCUCAGCCCAAGGUUUGUCAUCCAGCUGUGCCCCUGCCCGUGCCCUCCUGCCACUUUCCCCAUGGUGCCAAGUUGCCUUCUGACUGUGCUUUACUUCUCCUGCAUUUUUCUUUUCCCCCUUUCUGAAUACACUCUCUGCGCUGUCACACCUGGCUCUUCUCUUUCCUGCCGCCGGGGGAGCAGUGCUGGGUGAUGGAUCCUGGGGCAGUGCAGGGGGGGCUCCGAGCAUCCCCCACAGGGAGACUUGAGGAAGCUGCAGGACAGGCGCUCGUCUCUUCCUGCAUCGCCCACCUGGACGCCCCGGCUGGCGCGGCGCCCGGGNGCAAUCCUGGAGAAGGGAUGCUGGCAAACGCCUCCCCGUGCCAGGAGCUUCCUGCCGAAGCCCAGCAGGUGCCACUCAGCGUUUACCUGAAGGAGAACAUGGCGGCAGCCGCCACCAACGGCGUGCAGGAGCAGGCGGCCGGCGGGAUGGAGAGAGGGGUGGAGGGGCUCGGAAAUGCAGCAGCCCCUGCGGGACCGAACCCCCUGCCAGCUUUUGUCCUGCCACAGAGCCCCGAGGAGGGGAAGAACGGCAAAGUGCCUGGGGAGGUUCCCGCUGAGAUGCCCGCUGAGGUGCCCGGUGAGGUGCCCAGCGAGGUGCCCAGCGCGCCAGCGGGCACAGCCACAGGGAUGGCACCCCCAGGAGGGCAGCAGCAGAACGGGACACAGGGCCGGCAGUACUACGAGGUCCAUCUCACCCUGGCCAAGCCCAAACCCGUGAAGAACAGGACAGCCAGACCCUUCGGCACUCAGGCAUCCCCCGCCAGCGCCCAGCCGGCCGAGGAGCCCCCCGCCCCCGAGCUGCCCCCACCACCAACCUAUGCAGAGACCCUCAGCAGCCCCCCACCCCUCACCCGUGUCCGCUCCCCCCCUGCCUACUCGGCCCUGUACCCCAGCCAGGUGCAGAAGGUGCUGCCGGAUCCUCUCCUGGGCUGCGGGGUGAGCGGACCAAACCCCCUGCCCAAAACUGGGAUCCUGGAGGAGUCGGCUGCACGCAGAGGCAGCAGAAAGUCCAUGUUCACUUUCUUGGAGAAGCCAAAGCUGAGCCCCAACCCCGACCUGCUGGACCUGGUCCAGAGUGCAGACAGCAGGAAGAAGCAGAAGGAGCACGGGGAGCCCAGCACCGAGGAUGAGCCCUUUGCCCUCGGGGCUGAAGCUUCCAACUUUGUCCCCAACAGCACAGCCAGGGGUGUGCAGCACCUCCCACCAGCAGAGGAUGCUCCAGCGUGGUCCUCCUGCCUCAAGUCUCCCACCAUCCAGCCCAAGAAGAAGCCACAGCCCAGCCACAUCCUCACUGAGGCAAGAGGGAAGGGGGCUGAGCUCUUUGCCCGCCGACAGUCCAGGAUGGAGAAGUUCAUCAUUGAGGCCCCCUCCCAGCCCGAGCUGCUGCGGUCGCCAUCGCCCACCAUGUCCCUGCCUCCCUCCUGGAAGUAUGACAACAAUGCCUACCUGUCACCCAUGGUCUCCAGACGCCCCUCCAAGAGUCCCUGCAGGCCCUCCAAAACCCCUCCUGCAUCACUGUAUGGCAACAACCUCAUGGAGAGCGAGGUGUCCCAGAAGGAGCUGGAGAUCUCCCGGCACCAGCCUUACCAGCUCCAGUCUUCUCUCUUCAUCCUCUCCCCAUCCAAGGGGCCAGCAAGGUCCAUACCCCAGGAGGUGCCUCCACCCAGACCCUCUCUUCCCGACUCCUACCCCUGUCCCCAGCAAGCCUCCUGCCCGGCCUCUCCGCUGC